UAUGUUUUUAUGUAUGCAUCUGUAGCACCCAUGUCCUCUCCUUUUCCCUCUCCUUGUUCUUUGUAGCAGUGUGUGUAGCCUGCCCAUGUCAUGGCAUGCCAAGGGAAGGCAGAAAGAAUUGCACAAAACAACAGAGAGGCAGGCAGGCAGGCAGAUGAUGGUCUUGAUCAUCAGCUGGAUUUAGUUAGUUUUGUGUGUCAUACUAUAAUAAUACACACAUGGGAUGAUAGUUAAUUCAAUUAGGGGAGUACUUGUUUGUAUGCACAUCUCCAUGUGUAUGUGUGUGUGUGUGCAUGCAUGCUUGCAUAUGCAGCAAACACACACAAAGUUUGUUUAUUUAUUUGUUUAUUUGCUCCUGGUGGUCAGCCUGAACUGGCUGGCCUUUUGGGGUUUCUUUUUUCAAUCUCCUUUUCUUUCUUGUACUAGUAUACUAUUCUACAGGUGGUAGGAUCAGUUCCUGUUUGGAUGGUAGGCUGAAACUGGUGCAGUGGGCACCUCUCAUCCCCUCCCAGUUCCACAUUUUGAAGAAAAAAUAUAUCUUCAUCGGUCUUGGGCUAAAUUAUUCAAGGUUGUAUAUGGUGGUUAGAACCCAAUUCUGGAUUAGUUCUUGGGGAAUUCCCUAAUUUGGCCAUGGUUUGGUUCCCAUUAUUGACACCACCACCACCACAGGAAUUUUCAGCUCAGCCUGGCACUGUUGGAGAGUAGUAGCAGCAUCAGCAUGAGCUAAGUUGUCACCAAAGAUCCAAAUUUUUGCUGUGUUGCUUGGUUCUUGAAGGCAACUAUUCAUUUAAUUGGCUUCUGCUUCUGAGUUCUGAGUUCUGAAUAAUUGGAUGGACAUGGAUUGCUUGCUCCCCUUUCUUCCAUGAAAGUGCAGGUGAGGUUUAGCUAGCUAGCUCUGGUGCCAAGAACAAGCUGAAGAACAAAGAAGAGGUUGUCAAGCUGAAGCUGAGAGGAGAAAAGAGAGAUAGAGAGAGAUGGAAGGUGAUAGCUUCUCAGGGAUGGCCAAUGGCGGCCAGGUGGACAACAAGCUGAUCCAGACAUUCCACAAGAGCUUCGUUCAGGUUCAGAGCAUCCUGGACCAGAACCGGAUGCUCAUCAACGAGAUCAACCAGAACCACGAGUCCCGGGCGCCGGACAACCUCACCCGGAACGUCGGCCUCAUCCGGGAGCUCAACAACAACAUCCGCCGUGUCGUCGGCCUCUACGCCGACCUCUCGGCGUCGUUCGCCCGCACGAUGGAUGCCUCGUCGGAGGGCGAUUCGUCAGGGACGCUCCGCUCCUCCGACGGGGCAGGCCGGUCCGGCCAGAAGCGUGUCCGGCCCGGCUAGGAUCAGGUGCCAUUCUUGGCAUUUUGAUGCUCAGAUCAAAUAGGGUGGAUGAAGAUGAAGAUGAAGAUGAUGGUGAUGAUGCCAUUGUCACUUCUUGGGGACUUCUCUAGUGGUGUUACUAUUAGGCUUAGUUACUCUUAAUUUCUUUCUUGACCUCUUCAUCAUCUUCUCUACAAAUGCUUUUGCACGAGUGUAUCAUUAGGGAGAAGCAAAACCUUUUACUAUGUAGAAGAAGCUGCUAUGAUGAUGAGAGAAAACGGCAAUGUAGUAGUUCUUGACCAUCUCUGCUCAUGGUUGUCAGCCUUACUGAUACUAGCAUUCAGUUGUUUGAUUCCUGACUAGAUUCAGGUUGUUGUACAUGAGAGCAUAUGCAGAUGCAGUGUUGCAUCUCUGCAGGUGUGCCAGAUUGGUCAGUUCAUCAUCUCUCUCACUGGAUAGAUUUCAAUGUCUCACUGGAUAGAUUUCAAUGUCAUUCAGUUCUUAUAUCCUUAA